AUGGACGAUUUCGCAUCCCUCGAACUGCUGUCGCUCGUUUCCAAAGUCACCUCGGAACUGCAAAACCACCUGGGAAUCAACGACAAAACUCUCGCCGAGUUCGUCAUCGAUCAGCACGAAAAAUGUGGAGGCAAUCUGGACAAGUUCAGGGAGGCCCUCGCGGUCAUGGGAGCCGAGUUUCCCAACAGCCUGGUCGAGAGCAUCGAUCGGCUAAUCAAGACGAUGCAUCCCAAGUACCAAAAGAGCCAGAAACAACUUGCGCAGGGAAAUGGCGGUUUGGACAUGAACGAGCUAGAUGAUAUCGGACGCAAAGCGAAAAUCUUCAAGGGCCUUGCAGUUCCAGAUCGCGAACAGCGCUGGACCGACUCUGAGGAUGACGUGGCUGCACAGAAGGCCAAGCGAGCAAAUCAACGAGCAGAUGAUGAUACCUUUGCACUUCUCGAAGGCCUUGCGGGGAAAUCAAAGAAUGGAACGAAUGGCGCAACCGAAAGGAGCAGGAAGAGGAGCCGCAGUCCGGAUCGUGACGAUUAUCCAAGAGACAGAGAACCAAGGCGCAGAUAUUGGUCCCGAAGUCCUAGUCCGCGCGAGGAGAAGAGGUCGCGCAAACACCAAGAUCAAAGUUAUGGAGACCGGCAUACGAGUCACAGAGAUCGAUACGAUGAGAGAACAAAUGGUCAUCAUGAGAGCAGGCGGCGCGACUACGAUGAAGACGACGAUUUUCGAAGGCCGCCCCCUCGUGAAGUCGAUGAAUACCCCGUCCUUUACAAGGUUUACGACGCAGUGAUCAAUGGAAUCAAAGACUUUGGGGCAUUCGCAUAUCUCAAAGGUGUCAAAGGCAAUGUUGGUGGCCUGAUUCACGUCUCAGCCAUCCAACAAGGCGCUAGGGUCAACCAUCCCUCCGACCUCCUGUUUCGAGGGCAACAUGUAAAGGUCAAAAUCGUCAAGAUGGAAAAUAACAAGACCAGCUUAUCGAUGAAAGAAGUUGAUCAAGUUACUGGCCAAGAUCUUGUUCCAUCUCGAAGGAUAGCCUCUGGUGCCAACAUGGAACGACUCAACGGUAUGCCGUCCGACGACCGCUAUGGAAAUCUGAGCAGUACAGUUCCCGUUGUUGAAGACGGCUACGCCUCAAAAUCGGGCAAGUCCCGAAAGAGAUUGACGUCCCCAGAACGAUGGGAAAUCAAGCAACUCAUCGCUUCAGGUGCGAUAUCUGCACAGGACUAUCCCGAUAUUGACGAGGACUACAAUGCAACCUUGAAUGGCGAAGACCAGUUCGAGGAGGAAGAAGACAUUGAUAUUGAGGUCCGCGAAGAGGAGCCACCUUUCCUAGCAGGUCAAACCAAGUUGUCCCUGGAAUUGUCACCCAUUCGAGUUGUGAAAGCUCCCGAAGGGUCUCUGAACAGGGCAGCUCAAGCCGGUACGAACUUAGCAAAGGAGAGGAAAGAACUCAAGCAACAGGAAGCCGCCGAGAGAGCUGCAGAAGAGGCGUCCAAAGUCGAUCUCAGCGCCCAAUGGCAAGAUCCGAUGAUCAACCCCGAACAGAGAAAGUUCGCAUCCGACCUGCGACAAGCGCAGCAACAGUCCUCUCGAGCUAUAGAAGCUGUACCUGAGUGGAAACGGGCAACACAAGGGAAAAAUCAGUCUUAUGGCCGCAGGACAGACAUGACUAUCAAGCAGCAAAGGGAAUCGCUUCCGGUAUUCAAUUUCCGCAAACAAUUGCUUGAAGCUGUUGCCGCGAACCAGUUGCUGAUUGUGGUCGGAGACACCGGUUCUGGAAAGACGACCCAGGUAACUCAGUAUCUUGCUGAGGCUGGGUAUGCUAACAGCGGCAUGAUUGGCUGUACACAGCCUCGCCGUGUUGCAGCCAUGUCCGUUGCGAAGCGUGUUUCGGAAGAGGUUGGCUGUGAACUGGGAAAAGAAGUCGGCUAUACCAUCCGUUUCGAGGAUCGGACGUCGCCAGACACGAGGAUCAAGUACAUGACGGAUGGUAUGCUUCAACGAGAGAUCUUGCUAGAUCCGGAUCUCAAGCGCUACAGUGUCAUCAUGCUGGACGAAGCACACGAAAGGACCAUCGCUACAGAUGUUCUGUUUGGCCUGCUGAAGAAAACCCUGAAGAGGCGACCAGAUCUGAAGCUGAUCGUCACCUCGGCCACCCUCGACGCAGACAAGUUUUCCGAAUAUUUCAACCAAUGUCCGAUCUUCUCCAUUCCCGGCCGAACGUUCCCAGUUGAAAUCAUGUACUCGAGAGAACCUGAGGAAGACUAUUUGGACGCAGCGUUGACCACUGUCAUGCAAAUCCACCUGACCGAACCGCCUGGUGAUAUUCUUCUGUUCUUAACUGGACAAGAAGAAAUUGAUACCAGUUGCGAGGUUCUGUACGAAAGAAUGAAGGCUUUAGGACCUAGUGUUCCUGAAUUGGUCAUCCUACCUGUCUAUUCCGCUCUUCCCAGCGAAAUGCAGAGUCGAAUUUUCGAACCUGCGCCGCCAGGGGGUCGAAAGGUCGUCAUCGCCACCAACAUUGCCGAGACCUCCAUUACUAUUGAUGGGAUCUACUACGUGAUCGACCCUGGCUUCGUCAAACAGAACGCUUAUGACCCAAAACUUGGAAUGGAUUCGCUCGUUGUUACUCCAAUUUCUCAAGCACAAGCCAAACAAAGGGCCGGUCGAGCAGGUAGAACCGGUCCGGGUAAAUGCUUCCGUCUGUACACCGAAGCAGCGUACCAAUCUGAAAUGCUUCCUACCUCCAUACCGGAGAUUCAACGCCAGAAUCUUUCCAACACCAUCCUCAUGCUCAAAGCAAUGGGCAUCAACGACCUCCUACACUUCGACUUCAUGGAUCCACCACCGACGAAUACUAUGUUAACAGCCCUCGAAGAACUCUACGCCCUCUCUGCCCUCGAUGAUGAGGGCCUUCUCACCCGACUGGGACGCAAAAUGGCCGAUUUUCCAAUGGAACCCUCCUUAUCAAAAGCCCUUAUUGCCUCUGUGGAUUUAGGUUGUUCGGAAGAAAUGCUCACGAUCGUGGCGAUGCUCUCCGUUCAGACCGUGUUUUACCGCCCCAAGGAAAAACAGCAACAGGCCGACCAGAAAAAAGCCAAGUUCCAUGAUCCUCAUGGCGACCAUCUUACGCUACUGAAUGUCUACAACGCGUGGAAGCAAUCUCGAUACAGCGAUCCCUGGUGUUUUGAGAAUUUCAUCCAAAAGCGCCAAAUAGCCCGUGCCAGAGACGUGCGCCAACAACUGGUCACCAUCAUGGAACGGUAUAAGCAUCAAAUUGUCUCCUGCGGCCGCAACACAGUCAAAGUUCGACAAGCACUCUGCGCCGGGUUUUUCAGAAAUUCGGCGCGAAAGGAUCCACAGGAAGGAUAUAAAACACUCAUCGAGGGAACUCCCGUGUAUAUGCAUCCUAGUUCUGCGUUGUACGGAAAACCGGCCGAGCACGUUAUCUUCCAUACACUAGUGCUGACAACCAAGGAGUAUAUGCAUUGCGCGACUGUGAUUGAGCCGAAGUGGUUAGUUGAAGCUGCCCCGACGUUCUUCAAGGUCGCCCCAACAGAUCGCCUAAGCAAGCGCAAGAAGGCCGAAAGGAUUCAACCCUUGCACAAUAAGUUCGCCAGUGGAGAUGACGAUUGGCGGUUGAGUGCCCAGAAGCGGCAGGGGAAGGCAGGAGGAGGGGGGACCUGGGGUUGA